UUUGACAAGUAGGCAUGGAUAUAUAGCUUGGAAUUCUAUAAGACAUUCUUAUCAACUUCUCACUACGCCAGGCUCUGACUGAAAUCAUUCUGAAUUGGCCCGGAUCCGUACAAAAUGGAAGAGACGAACGAUAGCUUGGUAUUACUUGAAAGACACUUCGACAAGAUUAUUUCUGCUGCAACAUAUUCUGUUCGAUAUAUAGCGAAACUUGGACAAAUUGCCAUGGAGGAAACGUCCAUUUUAGAAGCURGGAGUACAGUAAAUGAGAAAAUAGUCUGUAUAAACGAACCUGAAGUUCGAAAGUUUAGUUUUCAAGAUCUUCCGAUAAAUAUCCAGCUUUUAAUUUUUUCAUAUUUGGAUGUAAAAACCUUAUGUAGAAUAUCCCCAACAUGCAAAUACUGGUACAUGUUGGCUGAGGACGAUGUUCUUUGGUCAAGAUUGUUGCGGUCARACAUUCACAAAUGGAGUAGAAUUAGUAAUACAACAUACCCCCCUACCUACCUUGAAGCCCACUCGGAAUUUACUCCAAAACAAAUAUACUCAAGCUGUCAUCCAUCRUCAGACAUCACAUCAAAAUCCAAAAGCUCAGUUCUGGAUCGUGUCUUUUACAAUCUACAAAGUUUCAAAAGUCUAUUCCAUAGACGUCCAUUAAAYGUSGUUAUGUUUGGUCCUGGACUUGAAUCAGAUACUAAAUCUCUAAUAAAAAAACUCCUAUGGGACAAGGCAUCUCCUUUUACAGUAACUGGGAUGUUUCCUGGUUUAUUUGAAGGCGUAGGAUCAGGAAUAUGUUUGCAGUUUAAAGAAGGGAAAGCAGAACUUAACCUUAUUACGCUUUAUGCAUCAACAAGAGCUGAAAGAGAAAACAUAGCACUUCAAAAUGGUGURAGAAAAAGCAAGCUUCUAGCCAAUGGAGAUAUAGAAAACAAUCAACCACAUGAACAAGCAGAAGUCAGUCAUUCAGUCAAAGAACUCUGCAGAACUGUGGAUGCUUUCAUCUACGUUGUGGAUUCAUCAACAGAGGCUCAAAAAGUGAAGUCAGGUAACAAAGAGCUUCAUGCUAUGAUGAAUGUCAACUGGACAACAGCAACAGUCCCAUUGCUAGUGAUGUCUUGUGUUGCUACAUCUAGCACUUCAUCCGAAAGUUGUGCUGAGGUGACCGAGUUGUUGCAGUUGACAAAAUUGAGUAGACCUUGGAUGGUACAUUCUGUAUGUGUUGAGUCAAUGAAAGGAUUUCUAGAUAGUUUUAUGUGGCUAGUACAUCAAGCUCAUACCUARACAGCUCUAACUUGUAAAUAAUGACUUAAACUAACAGAAAUGUACAAAAAAAG